AUGGAUCCAUCGAACCACCAGCCUUUUCCGCAUUCCAGAACCAGAUCCCCCCGUCACACCGUUAACGAUCCACCGUCCUUCACCCAUCACCACCGCACCCGACCUUCCAUCGCCAACCCUAGCUCCCGAACCCCUCAGUCUGGCUCAGCAUUCGCAGCACCGUUCCUUCUCAAUGCUCGUAGCGCCAUCACAGCUGCCAUAGCCGCAGCCGCCGCAGGAUCCGGGCGGAUCGCGCAAUGCCAACCCGCUGCUGCUGCCCCGCCAGCGGCGGCGGCGGCGGUUGUGGCGGCAGCGGCGGCUCCUUCAGCAGCAGCAGCGGCUGCAGCGGCGGCAGUCGCGGCGGAAAUCCAUCCGUCCGUUCACGAGCCGCCGCCGUCGUCGACGAUCGGAUUCGCGGAGGAGCUCGUUCCGCCCGUGCCUCCCGCCGGAGAGCCCGGCGCGGGGGAAGGCGGAGCCGGCGCAGCGGAGAAAGUGGAGCCGCGAUUGACGGUGGCGUCGAUCACGAAAUCGCUGAUCGCCGGAGGCGUCGCAGGAGGAGUGUCGAGGUCGGCUGUGGCCCCCUUGGAGCGGAUGAAGAUCCUGCUGCAGGUGCAGAAUGCACAGCACGCACACUACAGCGGCACGUGGCAGGGCCUCAAGACCAUUUGGCGGGAGGAGGGCAUACGAGGGCUGUUCCGUGGCAAUGGCACCAACUGUGCUCGCAUCGUGCCCAAUUCAGCCGUCAAGUUCUUUGCUUAUGAGGAGGCCGCUCAUGGUCUUCUCUGGCUGGCCCAGCAGCAGUCCAAUGAUCCCAACAUGGAGCUGACACCGGUGCUGCGGCUGGGGGCAGGGGCGACAGCAGGCAUCAUCGCCAUGUCUGCUACAUACCCCAUGGACAUGGUUCGAGGGCGACUAACAGUGCAGUCCGGCAGGAAGGGAGAGCAGCGCUACAAGGGCAUGCGGCACGCGGCGGUGACUAUAGUGAAGGAGGAGGGCGUUCGCGCCCUCUAUAGGGGCUGGUUACCGUCAGUCAUUGGCGUGGUCCCCUACGUGGGCCUCAACUUUGCAGUCUACGAAACCUUAAAAGACUCCCUCGCUCGAAUGUACGCAGCACAGCACCCCGACAACCCCGAGAUGGGCGAACUAUCAGUCCUGACAAAGCUCGCAUGCGGGGCCGUGGCGGGGACUCUCGGGCAGACCGUGGCAUACCCCCUGGAUGUGAUCAGAAGGAGGCUGCAGAUGGUGGGGUGGCGAGACGCGGCCAGUGUGGUGAGGGCGGAUGGCACGGUGGCAGCGGCGCCGCAGUACACGGGGAUGGUGGAUGCUUUCAGGAAGACGGUUCAGCAGGAGGGGGUGCGGGCGCUUUAUAAAGGACUCGUCCCCAACUCUGUCAAGGUGGUGCCAUCCAUUGCCAUUGCGUUUGUCACGUAUGAGAUAAUGAGGGAUCUUCUCCAUGUGGAAAUCCGCAUCUCCGACUGA